CAAUGAUAGCCGGAAGCAUCGACACGGUGAAAAUAGAAUUCAGUGUAGUUCGCAAGUGCAAAGCUUCCACUGUCUGCCGUUUUCACUAAAGUUAGGUCGAUAAAAUACAGACCUCUCGACGUGGUGGUGGAGGAAAUGUUGUGGAGAAGGCUGUUCCUUUUUUCAACGGAGUUACUCGGUGGGGGUUGAGCUGACGUGGGGAGAAGUUCGAGCUGCCAGAAAAGAGCAGAUAAACAAACAAACAACCAGCGGAUUAAUCAACCGAACGACUGUCGGAACGGGGGAUAACCAGGGGAGACGGGGAAAAUGUCAACGAGACCAAUUCGUUUCUAGAGUUUUUGACCCAAGAAUGGUUCAAAUAGUUUCCUAACGUUGUUGUUUACCCCCAUGCCAAGUGCCAGCAGUGGCACAAAGAACAAAAAUAUCACGCGAGGAGAAAAUUAUUUCAAUGUGUUCCUGUCUAGUUUGUCAAGAUAGAACAGUUCUGUCAACAUGAAACUUCACAUGUGCCUAUGAUUUGACUGUAUGCGUCACCAGUUACAAAAUAAAUAGCUUGUUAUAUCCCAUUGAAAACAGGACAAGAUAGUACAAACACUGCGUGGAUAUAGGUGUCAGAAGUGGGAAAGCCAUGGCCCACCAUUCGACGCCCAGUUCCCAGAAGGCCCUGAUGAUGGAGCUGAAGUCCCUGCAGGAGCAGCCAGUGGAGGGCUUCCGCAUCGGCCUGGUGGAGGAGUCGGACCUCUACAACUGGGAGGUGGCCAUCUUUGGCCCUCCCAACACACUGUAUGAGGGAGGCUACUUUAAGUCUCACAUCAAGUUCCCCAUCGACUACCCCUACUCCCCUCCGACCUUCCGUUUUCUCACCAAGAUGUGGCAUCCCAACAUCUAUGAGAACGGCGACGUGUGCAUCUCCAUCCUCCACCCUCCCGUCGACGACCCCCAGAGUGGGGAGCUCCCCUCAGAGAGGUGGAACCCCACCCAGAACGUCAGGACCAUCUUGUUGAGUGUGAUCUCUCUGCUGAACGAGCCCAACACGUUCUCACCGGCCAACGUGGACGCCUCAGUUAUGUUCCGCAAGUGGAGAGACAGCAAGGGCAAGGACAAGGAAUAUGCCGAGAUUAUCAGGAAGCAGGUGGUGUCCACGGUGGCGGAGGCGGAGCGUGACGGUGUCAAGGUUCCCACCACGCUGGCUGAGUACUGCGUCCAGACCCGGGUUCCCUCCCAGGACAGCAGCUCAGACCUGCUCUACGACGACCUCUAUGAUGACGAUAUGGAGGAGGAGGAAGAGGAGGAUGAAGAGGAGGAGGAGAGCGACAUGGAGUCAGGAGGAGAGGCAGGAGGGACCAGUGGAGGAGAAGGAGGGGUCACUACUGGCUGCUAUGACGACGACCAGGAGGAUUCUGGGAACGAGGACUCUUGAUGAUGAUGACGACGAAUGCCCCAAAUUGACGCCCCACACCCUGCCAUGUCCGAUCCUAGCCCCCUCUUGAUCCUGUUAGGCCUGGAACAUCCCCUAAAACAAAAUAUAUGUACGUUUGGUGCAUUGAUAGUAAAUGAAUAACUGAACAAAUUAGUGGAUUCCAAUUACAGUCGUGUACGACCGCAAAAUAAAACAAAAACAUCUCUGCGAAUAUAAUUUGUGUAGUUAAGAGCAGUCGGAAAUGUUUUAAUUUGUCCUUUUGAUAUUUGACUUUACCGCAUGGUUUUGGUUUCCUUAUUCUAUGGUCACAUAGUCAAAGCCUGCCUCCCUGGUCUGAUGGAUUGAUAGAAAGCAGACAGUUGAUGAACAUAAACACAAACAAACAUCCGAGCUCACAGGAGCUUGUUUGUUGCAAGAUGUGCAGAUAAUCUCUGCCUUUUGGAGAGGAUCAAGUGCAGUAAUAUCUGAAUGGAAUUUAUGAACGGGGAGUCGGAAAAGGGGCUUGCUCCAUGGAAAGACCCAGUAUUGCAGUGCCUCUGGGAACGGAGCACACAAAAAAAUAUGCAGCUGAAUGGAAUGUGUGCUACUGCGGUUACUAUUGUUUCUGUUCAACUGUCUGCGUUUUAUCAUGUCACUAGACGCAUUUGCUUUAAGUACGUUCGGGCUUAAGUCUUGAAUUUGCUAACCAAAUUCUCCAAAACUGGACACCUCUUGGCCCCUUCACACCCUGGUAGUCUUUCAUAUUCAAGUGUAAGCUGGCUGGCUUUUUCUCUGUCUGUCUUUCUCAGUGUCUGGAUGGCUGAAUUUCAGUAUUUUUGUUAGCCUGGCAGGCUGUCUUGCUCAGUCAAUAUGUCCCUCUUUCCGUCUCUGUCUUGUCUCACCCACGUAGCCAGCCAGCCUAAGUCGUUAUCUCCGUUUGACAAACACACAAACCUACAGACACAAACUCUGCCCUGACUGACCCCACACCUCCUGUUUUAACUCUGACCUCUCCAGAGUUGGGGUGUGUUCAUUAGGAACCUAACGACAGAAAACUGACUGAAACAGGGAAGGACUACCACCUAAACUAUCCAAUAAAAAAAACAGCUUGUUUUUGUUUUCUGUUGCAAAACGGUUUGCUACGGUGUUCCCUAAUGAGUACGACUCUGUAUAGGGCACUAAGAGGAAGUGCUGUCUCAGGCACAGAACCAAAUGAGUUAAUUCUCCUCUCCUGCCCACCCUCUCUCCAUCCAUCCUUUCCCUGCCUCCAAACCUCAGGGCCUUCAUAGACUCUCACUGGGUGAGAACCGGGGAUGUAGUGGAGGACAAACGCACCUUAACACCGUCUACGCACCUAUAUGUUGUGAAAAGUGUUCCAGCGCCUAUUACGCUAAAUUAGCGUUGUUAGCGUCCGUGUCACUCAUUCAGCGUUUACCCACCUUAUUUAUUUACUACUACAUCCCUGGAGAGAGCUCACACUCAAACUGCUCUUCAGCUUGAGCUUGGUAUUGUUUUGAUGGGUGUGUUUUUUGCUGGGUUGUGUGUGUUUAGAGAGGGACCUUCAAAUUUCCAACAACACCAUCGGUCCCCAUGUCUCCUCUAUUUCAGUGAUUCAGUCAGAGGAGGCUGGUGGGAGGAGCUAUAGGAGCCUCCUCUGGAUUCAGUGUUUUCUUCUCUUUUUUUUCUUGCUCAUCGCCACCCAUUUCUGUGUUGCCCUCUUCCGUUGGCCACGCUUCUCAAAACUACACCAGAAAAGGCUUCUCAUUAUACAUGCUUGAUAUGCUUUCUUGGAAUUGGCGCAAACUCCUGGAAUUCUAGUAAGCAAGCCAGUCAGGUGGUCAAAAUGGAAAGUGAUGUUGAAUGAGUGGAAUUCUGUAUUUUAAUCAACUAUUUACACAUGCCAAGAGGCAUUAGCCAUUGUUUAUGUUAGUUAGCACAUAUAGCUAAAAGAGCACAUUUAGUUGUCCACAACAUGUAUCAGCUAAGCUGUGACUUGAGCACGUCACAUUGGUGAUUCAGAGCUACACAUGGCCACUAUUGCAUUUUGUGCGUGAAAAAAGGAUGUUUCUUGAAACUCAGCUGCAAAUACUUUGGCUAAAGAACAGCAUCGGCCCUAAGUAGUAAUGCUGAAAUGGUGUAAGUGAGGCAACGUCACAGUCAGGCCAACCCAUCAACUGUGCUCAUUAGGCCUGCAGUUUUCACAUGGGUGCUUGUGUUUUUUACCAUUACCUGUUCAAUGGAACACAGGACCUGUUACACCUUUCACUCACAUGGAGGUGCUGGCCUGGAUUGUAUGCCAAGAAGAUUACGUUUUAUCACCACUUCCAGUGACGCUACAACCAAUCAGUUAUGGAUAGGUGUGGAGUAUUCAUUUUCUGUUUGUAAGAACUAUAAGGGAGAUACUUGACUAUUCAAUCUAAGAUUAACAGAAUCAAAAUGAGAACUUUUCUCCUACCUUGCUCUGUUGAACUGAUGCCCUCACUGGGGCUGGCUUGAAGUCAAGUCAAAAAUGAGUUGACCGAUGGAUCACAAAUGGAUUGUUGUUCUCCUCAGCCACUGGAUGUUCAGGGAUAUGAUGUCAACGACCGGGGUGAGCCAUGUCUCAAUACUCUAAAAUGACUUCCUCUCUUCACCCCCUUUUCUUCAUGAUCACUGAUCGGUGAAAGGAGUGGAUACAUUUCCACCAUGUUGCUUUUUUUCCCUAACCUGCCAUGCUCUUUCAGAUUUUUGGUAAUGAAGAGGGAAGGAAGCCAUUGAAGAGGAUUGAGAUGCAGCCGGGGGUACUCUACUGUCUCAUGCUCACUGACCUUUGCCUUCUGUGUAUUGACGAGUAGGAGGCAGUUGGAACAGCGUUUACCUGGUCGAAAUGACAGUCGACUAGAUGGACCACAUGCUAAGCUGUCAAACUCACAGUGUUGCAAAGGUGGACAGCAGUGGACAAUUUUUCUCAUUUAUUGUGUGUGGGUGAGUGUGUAUUGUGUUUUUAGGAGCUUUUCCCUCGGAGGCUGAAAAGGGUCUUGUUUGGACAAAAAACAACUGUCAACUGUGCCCACAGCCAGUGAUGUGGACGAUGCAGUCCUCCUCUGUUUUAUUUCAUUUUCUCUUCCUUUUGUGUUGUGAGGAUGCAAAUGUCACCUAUAAAAUGUAUAUUAUAAAAAUUUUGAA